GGCGGCGGCAGCAGCUGCUUUGCUCCGAUCUUCCCCAGCCUCACCAUGAGGGAGUGCAUUUCCAUCCACAUCGGGCAGGCCGGGGUGCAGAUGGGCAACGCCUGCUGGGAGCUCUACUGCCUGGAGCACGGCAUCCAGGCCGACGGGACCAUUCCCGGCUCCAAGCAGGCGGAAUCCACGGAUCCCGGCUCCGAGCGGGUGGAUUCCUCCUUCGAGACCUUCUUCUGUGAGACGGCGUCCGGCAAACACGUGCCCCGGGCAGUGUUCAUAGACCUGGAGCCCACUGUCAUUGAUGAGAUCCGGACCGGGAUCUACCACGGGCUCUUCCACCCGGAGCAGCUCAUCAGCGGCAAGGAGGACGCUGCCAACAACUACGCCCGCGGCCACUACACCAUCGGCAAGGAGAUCAUCGACACCGUGCUCAGCAGGAUCCGGAAAAUGGCCGACCAGUGCAGCGGACUCCAAGGCUUCCUGGUCUUCCACAGCUUCGGAGGAGGCACCGGCUCCGGCUUCACCUCGCUCCUGAUGGAGCGUCUCUCGGUGGAGUACAGCAAGAAAUCCAAGCUGGAAUUCUCGGUGUACCCGGCCCCGCAGGUCUCCACGGCGGUGGUGGAGCCCUACAACUCCAUCCUGACCACCCACACCACGCUGGAGCACUCGGACUGCUCCUUCAUGGUGGACAACGAGGCCAUCUACGACAUCUGCCGCCGCAACCUGGACAUCGAGCGCCCCACCUACGCCAACCUCAACCGCCUCAUCGGCCAGAUCGUCUCCUCCGUCACCGCCUCGCUGCGCUUCGACGGCGCCCUCAACGUCGACCUCAUCGAGUUCCAGACCAACCUGGUGCCCUACCCGCGCGUCCACUUCCCGCUGGCCACCUACGCGCCCAUCGUCUCGGCCGAGAAGGCCUACCACGAGCAGCUCUCCGUGCCGGAGAUCACCAACGCCUGCUUCGAGUUCUCCAACCAGAUGGUCAAGUGCGACCCGCGCCGCGGCAAGUACAUGGCGUGCUGCCUGCUCUACCGCGGCGACGUGGUGCCCAAGGACGUCAACGCCGCCAUCGCCGCCAUCAAGACGCGGCGCUCCAUCCAGUUCGUGGACUGGUGCCCCACCGGCUUCAAGGUGGGCAUCAACUACCAGCCGCCCACCGCGGUGCCCGGCGGGGACCUGGCCAAGGUGCAGCGCGCCGUCUGCAUGCUGAGCAACACCACGGCCAUCGCCGAGGCCUGGGCGCGCCUGGACCACAAGUUCGACCUGAUGUACGCCAAGAGAGCGUUCGUGCACUGGUACGUGGGCGAGGGCAUGGAGGAGGGGGAGUUCUCCGAGGCCAGGGAGGACCUGGCGGCCCUGGAGAAGGAUUACGAGGAGGUGGGAAGGGACUCGGCGGAGGGAGAGGAGGAGGAGGGCGAUGAUGAGGAUGAGUAUUGACGGGUCCGGAGCUCGGCUGGAAUCCGAACUUCCGUCCCCCUCCGAUGGCUGGAGGUGCCGGAGGAGCGGCCUGGAGCCGGGCGCCGUGCUUGACGCGCUAAAACCUCCCCCUGCUUGCGUAGUUCGGGCCGGCAGAGCCCCUCUCUGUCGGCCUUGGGUGUCUUGAGCUUUAUCCCCGCUGCUGUUUGAGUCGGGCCCGACUUGGGCCCGACGUCCCGCCUAGCCGGGAGAUCCCGGUUCCCUGAUCCGGGGAACGCCGCGAGCUGCCUGCUUCGGCUGGGACGGCGCACUCCCGCUCUGGCUUUUUCCUCGCGGAAGCACUUUGGAAGUAGAAAACGCCGACUGUAAACUUCUGCGCCAACGGCUUUUUUUGUAUACCAAUAAAGAGGGUUCUUUUGUUGUCUUUUUUUUUUUUUUUUUUGGUUGGCACGGAAUUCCUUGGAUUCAGCCCGGGUGUGUUUUUUUUUUUUUUUUGUGGGAAUUCCUCGGAUUCGCCCCCCGGGGUGUUUUUUUUUUUUCUUUGUGGGGAGGUUCCUGCUGGCAGGAUGUCCCGAGGAGGAGAAGAGCAAACUCUCAUCAGGAGAGUCAUCAACCCUAAUUAGCGCUGGGGGGGGGAAGUGCCCUAUAUCCUGUGGGAAUUCCUGUCCGGAGCUGCCUGCCGCUCCGGGAAUUCCACCUCUGGGAUCAGGGAAUCGCUUUUGAGCCGUGGAGGGAGCGUUUUUUCGUUGGGGUUCGGCCCCAUCACCACCUUUGGUGAAGCUCAGGUGUUCUGGUGGCUGGGGCAGUGCUGAGAGUUUGGGAAAUAUUCCCAAAAAAAGAGGAAAUCCAGCUGGGAAUGGGGACAGGGAGGGGAUUUGUGCCUGAUAUUUGGGACAGGAGGUGGAAGGAUCCCAAAAAUCCUUUGGUGGCCCUAAAAGGCCGGGGGUGGUGACAGCAGGAGCAGGUUGGAGGUGGCCCCAUGGAAGGUCGAGGUCCCCUGAGAAGAUUCCAGGAACUGGGACAAGGAAGGGGAGGGCU